AUGGCAUCCAGAGUAGGCCCUCGGAGCGCCUCGGACGCCACGCGCUUCACCUCGACCACCCCGCACGCCGCAUCCAAGAAUUCUCCCACAUCGACGACGGCCUCGACGACGGCCUCGAGUACACCACAGCCCCCGCGGGUCCCCGGCCGGCAACCGGGCGAGUCCCCCGAGGAGCGCGUCCGCCGCCUCCGCGCCGCCCACGAGGCCGCGCGUGCGGCGCAGACGUCGAGCGUCGACCGCGUCAUCGGCGGCAGCCGCCGCUUCUUCGACUUUGCGCACAAGUUCGCCGUCCUCGGCCUGGUCGGCUUCACGGCCAUCGCCGGCCUCGUCUCCGUCUACUCCGUCUACGACAUGGUGACGUACAACAAGCAGCGCCGCACCGACUUCGUCGAGGCCCAGCGCAAGAUGGAGGAGGACUCGCUCGCCUCGGCCCGCAUCGCCUUCAUCAACGGCACCGCCACCGACGCCCAGGUCACCCUCGUCGAGGAGGCCAACGCCCGCGCCCGCGAGACCGGCGUCAAGCUCCCGCCCCUGCUGUCCGCGCCCACCGUCACCACGCAGGCCGAGAAGAUCUUUGGCAAGGGCGGCCAGCAGCAGCACCAGCAGCAGGACGCCCUCGCCGCCGCCCAAUCGUCGCCGGACGCGGCCGCCUCCGAAGCCGCGGCGGCGCCCGCACACAAGCAGAGCAGCAGCAGCAGCUGGUGGCCCUUUGGCUCCUCGUCGUCCAAGCCCGACGCGGCCCAGGCGGAGGACAAGGCCGCGGGCCUCGCGCGCGCCGUCGAGGAGAGGAAAGAGUUCCUCCAGGACAAGGCCAAGGCGGCCUUUGAGCGCGAGCGGGAGAACCAGCGGCGGGGCGGCGCGCUCGACCAGCUCGGCCUGCCGGUGGAGGAGAAGAAGGUCGAGAAGAAGGGGUGGUGGUAA